AACGGUCCAAAACCAAAACGAGAGACAAAACAUAACAAAACAUAAGUUGUUGUUCUUUGUAUAAAUAGAAACGGCUCAAACUAAAGUCAACGGUUUCUCCAUAACGACCGGAAUCGUUUUUUUUUUAUAAUGUUUAAAUUAGUUUUUUUCGAUUUUAGUAAAUUAGUUAAGGAGAUUGAUGGCAUCCACCACCAUUCACCACCACCCAUGAAUUUGCGAGAUUUAAGCUCCGUUUUUACAAACACAUAAGUAGUAAUCGUUAUCUCGUUUUAUAGAAAACCCUAAUUUUUUUCUUCCAAAGAGAUUUGUUUCCUUGAUAUACACGUUUCUCUUUCUUGUUCUUUCGCCUCUUUGAUUUCUUGAGGGUAAUGGCAACGACGUCAAGCACGACGAAAGCAAAAGCUGAUAACGCAAACCUAACGAGAACGAGAUCUCUUGGGAGAAAGCCAAAGCCUGCACCUUCGUCGACGGUGUCAUCAGAAGAUGGGUCGUCUGAUCAGAAACCGGAGAAGCCUGUACCAAACUAUUUGAAACCAACGAUCAGCUCGAGACCUGAUCCAGUCAAGUUCUUGAAGAAGAACAACAAUAGUCUUGAUGAUAACCAGAAGCUUCUCCGUAGAAGAUCAUUUGAUCGGCCUCCUUCUUCUUUGACGACUUCUCAUUCUAGUACUUCUGCUUCUCCACGUAUCCAAAAAUCCCUCAACGUAUCUCCUUCUCGCUCGCGAGAUAGACCAGCUGUUCCUAGAGAGAAGCCUGUCGCAGCUCUACGUUCUUCUUCUUUCCAUGGAAGCAGAAACGUUCCAAGAGGAGGCACUACUACGAAAUCUCCUCUUCCGGCCUCAAAGAAGAGCAGUUUGAGCAGUAGUAGCAGUUCUUCGAAGAGCAAAAAGGAAGUAAAGAAAUCAUCUGAUAAAGAGAUUACCUUGGAUUCUGCUUCUUUGUCAUCUGCUCAGGAGGAGGAUCAUCAAGAGGAGAUUCUCAAGGUCGAGAGUGAUCAUGUACAAGUUGUUGAAGAUAUAGAAGACCCAAAAGAUGAAAAAGAAAACAAAGAAGUGCAAGUAGAGGUCGUUCAAGCCGAUGAAUCCAAUGAAGAGAAGAACGAAAGCAGUGGACCAACAACUCCUGUUGGAGACGAUUGCUCAGCUGUCAUCAAAGAACUAGAAGAAAAAAUGAUCAAUGAUGAUAAAACCGAAGUCGAAGAGAACAUAGAGGAAACGAAAGAACAAGACAACAAAGUUGAAAACGGGGAAGAAGACGAGAAAGAGACUCCAGAUAAGAAGAUUGAGGAGAUUGAGACUCCGGAGAAGGUUGAUAUUGACAUCAAAGAAGCUGAAGAUGUCGUCGAAGAGACUACAAAAGAAAUUGAAGUGAAAGAAGAAGAGAAGGAAGAAGAGGUUAAAGAAGAAGAGAAGGAAGAAGAGGUUAAAGAAGAGGCCAAAGAAGAAGAAGAGAAGGAGAAGGUGAAAGAAGAAGAGAAGAAGAGGGAAGUAGUGAAAGGGAAGAAGGAGUCUCCAUCAGCUUACAACGAUGUAAUAGCAAGCAAGAUGCAAGAGAACCCAAGGAAGAACAAAGUUUUGGCUCUUGCUGGAGCUUUUCAAACCGUCAUCGACUAUGAAACUGCUGCAUCUAAGUGAUUUUUAUAUAUCACAACAACAACAACAACAACAACGACAACAACAACAACAACAACAGUGUCAUGUUUAGCUUUUUUU